AUGGAUUCAGUCAUGGAUUCUCAGGCUGCACGCAUCAAAACGUAUGAUUUGGAUAACGAUGGCGUCCUUAUCACCUUACUUUCCCCAGAGGACUUUGUUACCCAGACUCUCGAUGGAAAAAUUUAUGUGAGGAUUGCCUAUGACAAAUUCGCAGAGAUGAUGAAAGAAAAACAAGACUUCAUUGAACUGAGAGCUUCGACACUAAAAAUUUAUGGUUCACUUUUUAAAACUGAACCUGAAAUCUAA